AUUCCUCACUCUCUCCACAAUAAGUAGCUCUACACAAAUGAACUAAAAAACCCAACUUUCUCAUCAAUUUCUUCAACUUUUUUUUCUCUCCCUAAAACAAUGGCAAAAAAACUUGGAAUUUUCUUUGCAAUAUUUUGCAUUCUUUUAACUUCAUCUUUUGCAGAUUGGAACAUCUUGAAAGAACAUACAACCAAUAGUGGUCUUAAAAUCAGUCUCAAGAAUUAUUGUGAAAGUUGGAGAAUGAAUGUUGAGUUGCACAAUAUUAGAGACUAUGUUGUUGUACCUCAAGAAUGUGUUUCUUAUAUUGCAAAAUACAUGACUUCCACUCAAUACAAAGUGGAUUCUGAUAGAACCAUUGAUGAAUGCAUACUUUAUAUUAGUACUAACUGCAUCUUGGAAAAAGAUGGUAAAGAUGCUUGGAUUUUUGACAUUGAUGACACCCUUCUUUCCACUGUUCCUUACUACAAGCAAAAUGGCUUUGGGGGAAAUAAGUUGAAUGUGACAUCUUUGGAAGAUUGGAUAAGCCAAGGAAAAGGAACAGCAUUAGAUCAUUCCAUGAAGUUGUUCAAUCAUCUUAAAGAACUAGGAGUUAAGAUCUUUCUUGUUUCUUCAAGAAAAGAACAUCUUAGAUCUCCUACCAUUGACAAUCUUGUCCAUGUUGGUUUCUAUGGAUGGACUAGCCUC